AUGCGCUGAAGGAUGUAAACAACAUGGCGGUAAAACCAAAAGUUUGACCGGCUAAAGCAUCUCUCUCUAUAAAAAAAUAGUCUCUUGUAUUUUGAGGAACAGAAAAGAAAACCAAUUCACCACAGAAAUGGCUCAUUUGUGGCAACAUCCCUAUGUGAAUGUGUUCAAACAUUUCAAUCUUCAAUCAUGGAAAAAGUCAACAAAAGAAGGAGAAGUUUCAACUGUAAUGGAUAAAACCCUGAAAUGUACAGUUUAUAGAAUAACUGGUUCAAUCCCUGCUGGUAACUAUAUUCAACUUCCUAAGGCACAGACCCAAUCUCUUGGACUAACAGGUAGAUAUUUCUACCUCUUGUUCAAGCCGAUUCCUACCAAGUAUUUUGUAGUUCACAUUGAUGUUGCUACACAGGACAACCUCAUUGUGAGGAUCUCAUUUUCAAACCUGUUUAAAGAGUUCAAGUCAACAUCAACAUGGCUUCAGUUUCCAUUCUUAUGCAAUGCAUCAAGAGGCUCUGUGCAGGCAUAUGCAUCUGUUGGAAGCAAAGAUCACAGUGGACCAGCCCCUAUGUCAACAAGAUGGACAGUAUUGUGUUUAGACAUGAAUUACAUCUUAUCUAUGUAUCUCAACAGAAAGUUCUCCUACAUCAAAAAUGUCAAGCUGUGUGCCAAUAUGCUGGUAAAAAAUAUGUGUACCAGUGAUUUACUAUAUGAAGUUGGUUUAACAUUUGAGCAAGCCAAGAAAGCUGGACGUGUGUCCCAUGAUGUGACACCAAUGCCAAGAGAUUUAGCUUUCCCUCUAUUAAAGGGAGAUAAAUGGGAUGAUCUGUAUGACAUGAUCAGAUUUCCAAAUGAAGGUUCCAGAAAACCAUUUGAUUCCAUUCAAUUUGAGAAUAUAGAGAAUUCUGCAGUUUCAGAGGAAUCAUCAAUUAAUUCUUCACAGCGAGUUACACCAAAGAAAGUUGACGUCAGUAAAUGUGUAUCAGAAAGGAUAUCUCUAAUUCACAACAUGACAAAACCAAGACAGAAAGCCAUGAAGAGAAUACAAGUGACAAAAGAGCUACCUAUGAUUGGUGUUGAUGAUGUUGAUAUACACAGGGAUGAUGAAGGAGAGAUACAUGUAUUUGCCCAUCCUACAGAUGAUGUUGUUAUACAUCAAGAUGAUAGACUAACAGGAGAGUCUGUAAAUGUAGAAAAAAUAAGAGGAACAGCACAUGUUCCUGCUGCAAGGAAAACAAAUUAUACGGCGUUGGAACCAGAUCCCAUCCUGAAACUAAGAAGAAUUGUUGGAUUUGGUGGUGCUACAUUUAAAGAUGCUUUGUGGUCCGUAGAUGGAUCAGCUGUAGUAUAUCCGUGCCAUGCAGUAGUUGUAGCUAUGAAAGUCAGUAAUGGACACCAAAGGUUCUUUAUAGGACACACAGACAAGGUGUCUUGUAUAAGUAUGACUGGGAACAGUACAAUGUUGGCUUCAGGACAGACAGGGAACCUGAGUGUUGUUAGAGUAUGGAAAUUCAAUACAGGAGAUUGUCUAGCAAUGUGUAAAACACAUGUUCAUUCUUUACACUGUCUUAGUUUUGCCCACAAAGGUAACAUGCUAUGUGGAGUAGGCAAAGACAGCCAAGGAAAAAAUAUGGUUGUGAUUUGGAACACCUCUAAAGUAAUGAAGAAUAGAGAAAUAACUGUAACAGCUAAAGCCCACACAGAUGUAGAUAUUGUUAGACUGAGAGUUUCAGCAUUUGAUGAUACUAGAAUGGUAUCAUGUGGAAGGGACAAUAUUCGUCUGUGGAGAGUCAAGGAAGGUCAGUUAAGGUCAGCUCCAGUUAAUCUAGGAGAACAUCACUCUAUGGAGUUUACAGAUGUAGCAUUUGAAGCUGGUUACCAUGCCGACAAAGAUCCAUCAGACAGACUUGUGUAUGCCUGCAGUAGAUCUGGACAUAUAUUUGAAAUAGAAUUACAGAAGGUUGCUAUACGUCAUGUCAGGAGACUUCUGCCAAACUCCAGUAAAUCUAAAGAUAAAGACAAGCAGACGUUUAGAUCAGGUCCUGGUAUUGGACUAAACUGUAUGUCUGUUAAUGAGACUUUCUGUGUUACGGGAUCAGACGACGGGUAUCUCAGAUUGUGGCCAUUAGACUUUGCACAUGUAUACUUGGAAGCAGAACAUGAAGGCCCUGUCACAUCAGUAGAUUUUUCAUCAGAUGGACUUCAUAUAUUGGCUGGUACUUGUACAGGAAACUUAGGAAUGUUGGAUGUAACAACCCGUAGUUAUACAACCAUGAUGAGAUCUCAUACAGGACGUAUCACAGGAGUAGCUGUAGACCCAUAUAGAAAACACCUAGCGACAGUAUCCGAGGACCAUACUAUUAGGGUCUGGGACUCUGAAACAUUACAACAGUUAUACGAUUUUAGUGCUCCUUCAGAGUGCCCCUGUGCAAUAUCUUAUCACCCAUCAAGACAAAUAUUUGCAUGUGGUUUUGAGAAUGGUAUUGUCAGAGUUUUCAAUGUACAGACCACUAGUAUGAUGGCAGAAUACAAACAACAUAGAGGUAAAGUUAUUGGUUUAUCCUUUGCCCCUACAGGAGAUUUCCUAUUCAGUGCUUGCUCUCUAGGAUCUCUUGCUCUUUAUGAUGCCACUUCUGAUAACUUUCCUCUGUUACGUCUUCUUGCAAACACUGUAGCCAGAGGAGAGAGACGAGGACCACAGGCUUUAUCUGUUAGUCCUGAUGGAAGAAGAAUGGCAUUUAUUGGUCCAUCUGAGUUCAUCGUCAGUGUAGUUGACAGUAAAAGUCUGGAUGAGGUUUUGAGGAUUGAUAUAUCUAACAUUAACAGUUCAGAUAGUGGGAAGGCAGUACUUGAUUCUGCAAUGAGGGUUUACUUUGCUCCACAAAGUUUAGGCCAUUUACUGGUAACUACAGCGAAUAAUAAAUUACUCAAGUUUGAUGCUAGAACAGGCAGAAUUCUUGCUGAGGUAAACAACAUUCAUAGGUCUGGUUGUUCAACCUUGACUGUGACAGACAAUGGUCGUUACCUAGCAACAGGGGGAGAUAAGACAAUCAAAAUUUGGGAUUACAACAUGAAAUUGGAUAUCAAUUUUCAGGUUUUCAUUGGUCACUCUGAAAAUGUAAGCAAGAUAGUGUUUACACCAGAUUGUAAAAAUCUUUUAAGUGUUGGAGAAGCUGUAUAUAUGUGGGAUUUCUUAGCUGUCCGACCAUCUUCACCUACUGAGGGAAGAGAAAUCAGAGAAACAUCAUUUCCCUUCAUGGAUAGAACAGAAACAAUUGAUGAUAUUAUAAAUGUUUCAUACCGCCAAGAUCUUCCAAGAACACCACCUAAACCAAUCAUGAAGUCUCCUGGGGACCGCAGAGCUCAUUAUUCACCAUCCAGACAAUCAAAGACAGCUUCAUUUAGUAGGAUAGAUGAUCUGAGUUCCAUACAUAAACCUUCUACUGAAACAGAAUUUUCUGACAAAGAAGAAGUAGUUUUGGCUGGUCCUGAAUUAAGAGAGAGAUAUGAUGCUAUUAGUGACACAGACUCGGUUGAUUCAGGACCAAUGACUGGACUUGGCAGCAGAUCAAAAGUACAACAACAUAAGAAAAGAACUCCUGUAAAAAAGAAAAGAGCUCCAUCAAGGGGGAGAACACCCAAGAAGGACAGAAACUCUGACAGUCACAAACCAACAUGUAAAAAACAUUUCCAACAAAGGGAAAGAUUUUAUGGGUUAGCUCAGAGACGUUACAUAGCACCACCAAAUCAAGCAGGUGUACAUUUGAAAUCUAUUAUAGGCUACAAUGGAAACGCCAAAAAUAGUCUUAUAUGGCAGGCAGACACAGGACUGUUUGUUUACACAACUGGUUGCGUGUUAAUUGUUGAAGACUUGAAUACAGGGCACCAGAAACAUCUUACUGGCCAUACAGAAGAAAUAUCAACACUGUCUUUACAGAAUGAUUGUCAGGUUUUAGCAUCUGCCAGUGGUUCAUUUGGAAUGUCACCAAGUCAGAUAAUUAUCUGGGAUUUAGAACAAUAUCUAUGUCGGAAAGUUCUAAAUCAUCACGAGUUUGAUAUACAGUGUCUGGCAUACUCCAGGGAUGAUAGGUUCCUUAUAUCUGUUGGCGACUACCGUGAUUGCUCAAUUGUUGUAUGGAGUACGAAUAAUUAUGAAAUCCUGACAACUUCACGGGCAGCUAGUCCAGUACAUGAAUUGAAGUGGGAUCCAUACACUGUCAAUGAGUUUGCCACAGUGGGACAGAAUGGUACAGUCCUCUUCUGGUUACUGGACGAAACAACUACUGAUGUUUGCCUGAAUGUACACGAAGCUGAAGUACCAGAAGAACUAUUAGAGGGGCACCAUAAGGAUGUUGAAUCAGUUGAUUUUACUGCCAUGGAGUAUGCAGGGGACAGUACUCUGUAUAUUUCUACAAGUAGUGGUAAAGUGUCAGCCUGGGACACACGGCAUAACACAUGUUUUAUACACUGGGAGGCAGAUAAAUCAGAAAUAGAUGUGAUCAUGUGUCGUAGUGGAAGACUUUUGACUGGCAGUGUGGGUAAAAACUUACGAGUAUGGUCGAUAGUAGGUGUCGGUGAACUGAAGCUACCUGGUGACCACAACAGUAUGAGAACAGGUGGUCUGACCAUGGAGGAUGAGAUGAAUCUGGAUGGAUCUAUUGUUACAGCAGCUUUUGAUGAAGCUUUAGAUAUGGGGAUAGUUGGAACCAGCAGUGGUACAUUGUGGUAUAUAAACUGGCCAGAAAGAACCAGUAUACGACUGGUUUCUAGUCACAUGGCAAAGGUGAACAAUUUAUCCUUAUGUAACAGUGAAAAUUUUGCAUCUUGUGCUGAUGAUGGGAGUGUAAGAGUGUGGUCUAUAGAUACCAGAGAACAGACUUUACAAUUCCAAGUUUUAGACCAGGCAUGUACUUGUAUCGCCUUCUCUCCCGUAAAACCAGACGGCAUUGUUAGGACAACUGUUAGUAACACAGACUCUGCCCCAGUCACAGCCCACCAGAAAAUUGAUGCUAAGUUCAUGCCUCUGAUAGCAGCUGGCUAUAGCGAUGGUACAGUACGAGUAUUUGACAUAAACAAAGCAGAAAUGAUAUUGAAGAUGCAUCCACAUGCUGUAGCAGUCACUGCUAUUAAUUUCUCUUCAGAUGGGAGAAUGGUAAUAACAGGAGGAAGUGAUGGACUUAUUGCCAUUAGUAGUCCUACUACUGGAAUGACCGUCAGAGUGAUAUCUGACCACAAAGGAGCACCAAUUACAAACAUUGAUGUGACUAUCUGUCAAGAACAAGAACUUUCAGUCUCUGCCCCACAGCUUUGGUUGGCUACCAGUGCUGACAGGCGUGUUAGUGUUUGGUCUGCUGAUUGGUCUAAAGAUUUUUGUGAGCUUGUUGAUUGGUUAACAUUUCCAGCACCAGCUUUUACUCCAGAUGGCACUGUUAUAGCCAAACAAGACCAGAAGGGACUAUACAGCCAACUACCACCUAGCAUAGCUAAGUUUUCUCCAGAAGAAUCUGACAUCAUUGUUUAUGUUGGUUAUGGUAUGGAGAAAUGUAUACAAUUUUAUAGCUUAUCUGAGCGAAAGGUGUUAAGGACACAGGCUCUGACACACUGGCCCAUGUGUAUGGACUUGGCCCAGUCUACAGCACUUGUAUCUCUUGGGGCAAAUGAACGAGUGAUGAAGUUGUUAGAUUACUAUGAAGGCAGUUUUCAGGAUUUUGUAGGUCACAGUGAUUCAAUAAACUUUGUUAAAUUCUCACCAGACAGUAAAUAUUUAUUGACUGUGUCACAUUCCGAAAUAUUUAUCUGGGAAGUGCAAGUAUGAUAGUGAAUUAGCAAAGAGUAUUGUUUGACUUUGAACUGUAGAGUGACCAUUGAAGUAGUUGCUUAAAAAUAAAUGAAUAAUGUGGCUGUUUUAUAUUUCUGAGGAUAACUGAGACAGAGGAGUAGAAAGUUUCAACAAAAUGGUUUGCAUUCAAGGAAUCACAAUUUUAAAUGACAUCUCACAAACAAAAGUCUAUAUUCACUUAUUAAGCAGUGUCUUUAAUAUUGCUUAAAAGUUGGAAUUAAAAAUGCCAUAGCAAAAAUAUGCAAAUGUGAAAUGAAUUUGCAGUACAUGCAGUAGGUGUUAUCUUUUAUAAGCAUUUAGAUAUCAUUUAUAUAUAUUCUUAAACUUUCUGGUAAGUUUUGCCAAUUGUAGUAUUCAAAACUUUAUAUGUUAAAUAUAAGUUUAAAUGAAUGGUAUUUUGGGAUAAUCUCUAUUGUUAUAAAUAUGAUCUAAACAAUCUUUUAUGUGUGACAAAGUCUUUGUAUAUUAUUAUUGCUUCCGUCCACUAGUGCUGUAAAAUAUUUGUUACUGUAUACUUAAACAAAUGUAAUGAUUAUGUAUAUAAAAUAUGAUGAUUAUACUUAUCUGUGAAUAGAUAAUAAACUAAUUUAUUAAAGUACUUUUAUAUUUACUCUAAA